UCAGCUGCACUGCCAGGCCGCUUUGGGAAGGGCUGAAGGGGCUGCCCUCCCAGCGGCGGAAGGAUUCAGGCAGCACAGCACAGCCACGGCUCUCGGGGGCGUGGGGGACAGCAGCCCGCUGCCCAGGUGCACCUGCCCUGGGUGCCAGCGGCCUGGAGCCCUGUGGAGGACCAGAGACUCAUCCCCAGGACGGCUGGCACUUCCCUGCCACUUCCCAGCUGCCCGCCACCCUGAGCUGCGUGGAUUCCUCCUGCCACCUGCAGGAGAGAAGACCAAGGCGACACAGCACCCAGAGCAGCCCAGAGAGGAUGGCUGGGGACACCCUCCAUGCUACUGUGAGCGGGGAGGAAGGCCUCCCUGGAGGGGUCAGGACGAUGCACAGGCCACUGAGGCGUCAGGGGGAAAGGGAUGGACUUGGCCGCUGGGGCCCAGGAGAAGGAACUUAGGGGAGGAUCCUGGGGAAAGGUGGGGGUGGGGCGGGGGUGUGAGCCUGGAGACUGGAGUGGCUGCCUGGGUGGGGGAGGGGGAGGCAUGCUGCCUUUGGGGGCAUCCACGGAGGACGCAUCUGAAGACUGGAGGAGGAGAAGGUCACCUGCAACCCAGCCUUGGCGCCUCCACGAAUAAGAGCAUCUCAGGGAGGAAGGCCACGCCGGCGCCAGGGCCUUCUUCCCUCUCUGCUCCUCCCCGUCCAGCCACUGCCGUCCAGCGACGAGCCGCCGCCGGGAUUUUGACACGCCCGCUCCCACAGCCCGGCAGAGCGCACGCGCAGACGCGCGGCCGGACGCAUGCGCCGCGGCUAGGGCGUGAAGUCCCAGCACGAGCCGUUCAGUCAGGCAAGGCGCCCGGUGGGCGAGUGACAGGGCCUCACCAAGCUGUGAGCCAAAUCCAGGAGCUCUGCCGGCAAUGGCUGCAGCCAGAGACCCACACCAAGGAGCAGAUGAUGGAGCAGCUGGUGCUGGAGCAGUUUCUGAACACGCUACCAGAGGAAGUCCAGAGCUGGGUGAGGUCCAAAAAGCCCAAGAACAGCAAGGAGGCAGGAAGCCUGGUGGCCAGUUUGAUCCAAGCAUGUGGGGAGAAAGGUUUCUCUCCUCAGGACUUUGUCCUCGCAGAAGAGAGGAACACCAAAGAACACCAAAAGGACACGGAGAUGUCUGACAGUCUCUCAUCUGCUGGAUCCCAGGAGUUGGUGACUUUCCAGGAUGUGGUUGUGGACUUCAGUCCAGAGGAAUUAACCUACCUUAGUGCUGCUCAGAGGAACCUCUACCGGGAGGUGAUGCUGGAGAAUUACAGGAACCUGGUCUCCUUAGGGUACCAGUUCUCUAAACCCGACAUUAUCUCACAGCUGGAAGAAGAAGAGUCACGUGUGAGGGAAGAAGACAGCAAUACAGAGCUGUGUCAAGAUGGGGAGGAAAGACCUAAAACCAAAGAUCUAACUCCAGAGCAAAGUCUGCCUAUGGAAAAGUCAUCCUCAGGGGCAGGAAUGGAGGAUCAGAUGGGAGGAAACUUCUGCAGUGUCUCUGUAGGAGAGCCUUCUCCUGAUGACCCAUCAGAUUCAUGCCAGGUCAACCAGGAGAAACCUUUGAGUCCUGUAACAAUGGGUGAGCCCAAGUCCCCCACUCAAGAAAGAAGCCACGACAAUGAUGAUUCUGAGAGCAGCUCAGAUCUUACUAAACAAUCAGAAGGCCCUCCAGGAAAGGAUCCCCAGGAACGUGCUACUCCUGGAGUUUGCACCAGGUCCCAGCCAGUGGAUGAUGAGUCUUUCCUCCAAGAGAACAGAUGUGGAUUUUGUGAAAGAACUUUUCUUACCCAGACAGCUCGUGAGAGACAUGAACAGAUCCAUACUGGGAAGAAACCAUUUGAAUGUAAACGAUGUGGAGAAGCCUUUUACCUCAUGCCACAUCUCACCAGACAUCAGAGGACUCAUUCCAGCGAGAAGUCCUCUGGAUACGAUGAAGGUGGAAAGCCCUUCAUCAAGCAUGUAGAUAUCUGUGGCCGUGUAAGAAUUCAUAGCCAGGAAGACUACUAUGAAUGUUUCCAGUGUGGCAGAGCCUUUAUCCAGGAUGUGCAUCUUUUUCAACAUCUCAAAGCCCACGAGGCAGCAAAAGCCCUUCCAUCUGGGUUGCCCCGCAUUAAGACGUACUUAAUUCGCUAUCAGAGGAAACAUGACUAUGUUGGAGAGAGAGCCUGCCAGUGUUGUGACUGUGGCAAAGCCUUCAGUCGGAGUUCACAUCUCAUUCAACACUAUCGAAUUCAUGCUCAAGAAAGACCUUACCAGUGUCAGCUGUGCGGGAAGUGUUUCAGCCGACCUUCAUACCUCACUCAACAUUAUCAACUUCAUUCUCAAAUGAAACCUGAGGAGUGCAGUUAUUACUGAAAACCUCCAGUCAGAGAACAUUCUCGACAUCUUCAUCUUUGGCUCCAUUGUGGAGAGAGUCCCUCUAAGUGCUGUGAAUGUGAGAAGACCUUCCACCAGCCCUCACAACUUAGUAACUUGAAAACUCAUCAUGGUGUGAUAAAGAGAAAUGACGAAUGGUUGCAAGGGUAUAGCACAAUAUUUUGGCAAAAAAAGAUUCAGCACAUGUGUCAGUAGUCAAAAUCCUUAUAAAGAACAUUUUUGUUGCAUAGGAAAGAUGUUAAUAGAUUUUGCCUUUCUUUGGUGGUAUUCAUGGAAUGGGAAACUUUGAUCUUGACCACCCCAACAAAACAUUUGUGACUGGCAGUUGGACUCCAGAUAGACAAUCUGUUCUCAAGUUUUUCUAGAAGUGUUUACAUAUAGUAUCUUCACCACAUGGGAUGGAUGUGUCAACACAGAGCACGCUAGAAAGAUUUUCAAGGUGUCCUGAUACUGAUUCAUCUGCAAAGCCUGUUGUAAUUGGUAAUGUAUUCACAUCGUACCACAUCAUUUACAAAACAUUGUCAUGUAUAUUAUUUUAUUUGAUUUUUUAAGGAAUGCUAUGAGGUAUCUAGUGAGCAUGUUCAAUUUUUACAGGCAAACAGACUUGAAACUCCCAAAUUGCCUGUUGAUCUGACCUAGGUUGUAAGUGAUGAAGUAGGAACUGAACACAGGUUUUGUUCUAUUUUGAGAUUUCAUGAGAUAUUUAUUUUACAUCUUGAUAUUCAACCCUGGUUUUCUUUAUUCCUGCCACUUGCUCUCUGAAGACACGGUGCAGUGCUCUACUGCCUUCAGCACCUUCCUCUGCAGGAGGCCCAGCACCGUUUCACAGGAAAUUGGACCAGGACAACUACAGUAUUAGAGGUUCAGAAAGCUUUCUUAGGGUGAGGUAUGAGAGCCACUUCUCUCAAGAUUUAAGAUUGGUGGAUGUCUUUUUGAGACUAAUUCAGGGAAGUGUAUUUUUGCAAAACACUUUUUUGUAAGUCUUCUUGUACAUUGUGAAAUGGUUACUAAUCAAGGAGAAUUUUUUGGUAGUUUUCUGUGGUGGUUUGAGGGAUGGGGGUUUCUUGCCUCCUUUUUCCUUCCUUUAAAAAAAAAUCCUGUUUGAGAAUUUUCUUGGGCUGUGGCAUCAUUAACGCAGCCAACUUCACCUAAAAUCCUAAUUCUAUGCAGAAUACACUUCACUGUUUAAAUGUAUGAGCCUGAAUUGCAUAGAAAUCUCUUGAAUACCAUAUUGCUAUAAUGUUAAAAACUCUCCAUCACUGCCUUGACUGGUGGCCAAAUGCAGAGACACAUGGACCAGGAUCCCCAAUACCUGAUUCCUUGCCUGGUAAGGUGAGUCUUACUGCUGUUACUCACUGUCCUGCUUUUUCUUAUCAGCCCUUUUUGAGGCUGAUCUAUGAUCCGUGGCCCAGAGUCAUGGUAUUAAAAGCAAACAUGACUGGUCAGAACCUAAUGAGCCAAACAAGCGUUAGCCACACAACCUUUCUUCAUUUCCAAAUUCUAGAUGAAAUAGCCCUCAUUGGCAGGCCCUCUUUUCCCACAAGAGUCUACUCUUCAGCCCACUGUAGGUUGUUUUUUUUCUUUUUCUUAAAGAUUUUAUUUAUUUUAUUUGACAGAGAGCGAGAU